CAGAAUCACGAGAGAUCAUGGAUCUGUGGCAUGACCAGACACCUAGUUUUUGUCUUGCCGCGAGCCGACUCCUUCUGCACGACCUCGGAAGAUUGUCUUGCUUGAAAAAAUCAAACAUAACGGUCCCAGGGACAAUUGUGUACAGCCUCAAGUUCAAGUAGCCCGCCUUCAGCCAACCCGGGCGGCACGACAAACAUACCCCCGCCUAUCAUCGACCACCUCCGCUCGACCGCCAUGUCCACCUACGACUCCAGACAGGAGACCGUUGUUAGAGGCCAGACCGUCGCCGUCAUUGGCGCCGGUAUCAGCGGGGUCUGUGCUGCCGCUCACCUCUUGAGGCAGGGGCUUCAAGUGACGGUCUUUGAGCGGUCAAGCAUUGCUGGAGGCGUUUGGCAUUACGACGAGCGCAUCCCACCGGACCCGCCCUACCCGAACAACACGCCCUCACACGGAGACUAUCGGGUUUCCGAGCCCGGGGAGUUCGCAUAUGCUACGCCGCCUCCGGAGCAUGAUCCAGAUGCGGGUCCCGGCACCGCCAUCAGCGAAGGCCCGAGCUCCGUGGACUUAGAGGUGCAGUUCUCACCGCCAGGGCCGUGCUAUGCCGGGUUGAAGAACAACGUGCCGACGUAUCUGAUGGCCAGCGCCCUGGAACCUUGGCCGGAAGGAACGGAGCCCUUCGUCAGCCAAAAGCUCGUCGAGGAGUACAUACAAACGCUCUCCAAAAACCACGGAGUGGACUCUGUCACCCUGUUCCACACCAGGGUUGAUGAGGUUCGAAAGACGCCGGACGGGGCGCGGUGGGAGAUUCGAUCAGUCACCCUGGAGAAGGGGGCAACGGGUCCCCGGCUCACCGAGCGCACCUCCUACUUCGACCUGGUGGUUGUGGCCUCGGGGCACUACAAUAUGCCUCGAGUUCCCGACAUCCAAGGACUGAAGGAGUGGAAAGCAAGCUACCCAAGCCGAGUCACACACUCCAAGCAAUACCGGUCUCCGGCGUAUUUUCGGGGCCAGAACGUCCUUGUCAUCGGUGCCGGUGUGUCCGCCCUCGACAUCUGUCGGGAGAUCGAUGGCGUAGCCACCAAGACCUACCAGAGCGCGCGUGGAGGCAAGUUUGACCUUCCCGCAUCUCUUCUUCCGGAAAAUGCCACCCGAGUCCCCGAGAUUGCAUCGUUCACACUCAGCGAUGAUGCCCGGCGCCGCGAACAGCUUGGGGAUGGUGAGCCAAUACCCGGUUCCGUCGUGCUCAAGGACGGCCAAGUUCUGGAUAACAUCCACCGCGUCGUGGUGGCCACCGGAUACAUCAUAUCCUACCCGUUCCUCCCCCAGCUCCAUUCCGACACGACGCCCAUCACCGAGGCCGGCGAGGACAUCCUGGUGACUGCCGACGGCGUGAUGGCACACAACUUGCACCGCGACAUCUUCUACAUCAACGAUCCGACACUCGCCUUUGUCGGAGCGCCAUACUACGUGGCCACCUUCUCCCUCUUUGACUUCCAGGCCCAGGUCGUUGCUCGAGUCUUCGCCGGCAAGGUCCCCCUGCCGAGUCGGGAGGAGAUGAGGAAGGAGUAUGACAAGCGCGUGGAGGAGAAGGGGCUCGGCCGGGCAUUUCACUCCCUGCACGCACCGGGCCACGAGAUCGCCUACGUCCAGGACUUGGUUGACUGGGUGAAUCGCUAUGCUGUAGCAGCCGGAGACCCACCCAUGCUACCUCAUUCGGAGGAAUGGAAGCGGGCCCAUGAAGAACAGAAGGCUAGGACGAGGGGUUCGUUUAUGCCUCCAGAGGAGGUAGCGAAGCCGGCGGGUGAACAAUGAGGGAUGGAUUACAAGAUGACCGAGCUGUAUAAUAUUGGCGGCGCUAUUUGUACGCCCUUUCGUUCUCAGACGGGGCG